AUGAGUGCUUUCAUGCCAGACUGCACUUCAAAGUGUCGAUCUCUACAGCAUGCUUUGGAUGUUAUUUCUGUGGUAACCAGAGGAAGUGAAGGCCAGAUCAAGGCCUUUCUCUCUUCUUACUGCUACAAUGCUGCAACCAUAAAAGAUGCCUUUGGUAGAAACGUUAUUCAUCUUGCUUCAUCUUGUGGCAAAAAAGGUGUGCUAGACUGGUUGGCUGAGACCAAAGGAGUAGAUCUCUUGGCGAAAGACAAAGAGUCUGGAUGGACAGCUUUGCACAGAAGCAUAUUUUAUGGAUACAUUGACUGCGUUCUGUCAUUACUGAAGCAUGGUGUUAGUCUGUAUGUUCAGGAUAAGGAAGGCUUAUCAGCCCUGGAUCUUGUGAUGAAAGAUAGGCCAAUCCAUGUGGUCUUCAAGAAAACUGAUCCCACGGAAGUCUACACCUGGGGAAGCAAUAUAAAUUUUACUUUGGGUCAUGGUGGUCAACAGGGUAAACAUCAUCCUGAACUGGUGGACCUUUUUCCUCGGAAUGGCGUGUAUAUCAAACAGGUCGUACUCUGCAAAUUCCACUCCGUGUUCCUGUCCCACAAAGGUCAAGUUUAUACAUGUGGACAUGGACAAGGAGGACGCUUGGGUCAUGGUGAUGAACAAACAUGCCUGGUUCCAAGACUUGUGGAAGGCUUGGGAGGCCAUCAGUGCUCCCAGAUAGCUGCAGCUAAGGAUCAUACUGUUGUUCUAACAGACGAUGGAUAUGUUUACACGUUUGGUUUAAAUACUUUCCAUCAAUUGGGUAUUCUUCCUCCUCCUGCUAACUGCAGUGUUCCUAGACAGGUUCAGGCAAAAAACCUGAAAGGUAGAAUGGUGAUUGGAGUGGCUGCAGGCAGAUUCCAUACAGUGCUAUGGACUAAGGAAGCAGUGUAUACCAUGGGGCUGAAUGGCGGCCAACUAGGUUAUCUGCUGGAUCCUAAUGGAGAAAAAUGUGUAACUGCACCUCGACAAGUUUCUGCUCUACACCAUAAAGAUAUCUCUCUGUCUUUGGUCUCUGCAAGCGAUGGCGCUACAGUAUGCGUUACUGAAAGAGGAGAUAUUUAUUUACUUGCAGACUACCAGUGCAAAAAGAUGGCUUCAAAACAGCUGAACCUUAAAAAAGUUCUUGUUAAUGGGGGAUAUUUGGAAUAUAAAGUAGAUACUCAGCAUCUUAAAGAAAAUGGGGGUCAGAAGAUUUGCAUUCUAGCACUGGAUGAAGCUGGAAGAGUGUUUUGCUGGAAAUCAUCUAACAGCUCCAUGAAGCAAUGUCGUUGGGUGUAUGGCCGGCAAGUCUUCAUGUCCGAUGUUGCUUUAAAUAGGAAUGAAAUCAUGUUUGUCACAAAGGAUGGUGAAGCCUUUACAGGGAAGUGGCUGGAAGAAGUGAAAAAAAUCUCAGAAAAGAAAGAACUUGCAUCAAGCCUUCAGAAUUCUUCAUGUGAUGCAUCUUGUGAACAUGAUACGAACAGUGUGUAUGAAAGAAUUCGACUUCAGAAGCUGACUUUUGUCCACCGAGCUGUUAGCAUCGCCACUGAUCCUAAUGGCUGCAAUUUUGCUGUUUUACAGUCAGAUCCUAAAACAAGUCUCUAUGAGAUUCCAAGUGUGUCAUUAUCGAGUUUUGGAGAGGAUUUUGGCAAACUGUUAGAUGAAACAGAUGAAAUGGACAGCAUCCAUGAUGUGACUUUUCAGAUUGGCACAAGAAUGUACCCCGUGCACAAAUACAUCUUGGCUGCACGCUCUGACUUCUUCAAGAAGCUGUUUCUUUCCAGUGACAACCAGCUAGACACUCCAGACGUCUACCGUAAAGAGGAAGAUGCUGUUGGCUGUGAUCUUUAUGUCAUAGAGAAAGUUCAUCCAGACCUGUUUGCAUAUCUUCUGCAGUUCAUAUACACCGAUACUUGUGAUCUUCUGACUCAUGGUUAUAAACCAAAAAUCCUGCAUAAAGGAAAAUCAGAAGAAUAUCAAGAUACUUUAAUUUCUAACCUGAGCAAAAUGAGUUUUGAUGAAAAUGUUAAUGGGAAGUCUGCAUUUGAGAUUUAUAGAAAUAAUCAAGUACAAGCUAUAAAUGAAAAACAGAAGAGCAAAUCUAAAAAAGGCAAAGUUGGUGAAGAAGCUAACCUCAUAAAAAUGUUGCAAAGUGCUGCAAAGAAGUUUGGACUCAGCAAUUUAAGUGGAAGGUUGGAUGGAAUCAGGUUGGAAAAUGGAAAAAUUAAUGUUGUCAACAAGAAGAAUGGGAACAAACCAAAGUUAAAUCAGAAGAAAUGUUCAUACCUCUGCGAUGUGACCCUGAAAUCUUUAGAUGGAAAGGAAUUCCCGUGUCAUAAAUGUGUACUUUGUGCAAGACUUGAUUAUUUUCACAGCAUGUUAAGCAGCUCAUGGAUUGAGGCUUCCUGUUGUUCAGCUCUGGAAAUGCCAAUCCAUUCUGACAUACUGCAGAUAAUUGUAGAUUACCUGUAUACAGAUGAAGCUCUUGCCAUAAAAGAUUCUCAAAAUGUGGAAUUCAUAUGUAAUGUUCUUGUGGUAGCAGAUCAGCUUCUUAUAUCCAGACUCAAAGAAAUCUGUGAAGUAGCCAUUGCAGAAAAACUUACUUUGAAGAAUGCUGCUGAGCUGUUGGAGUUCUCAGCAAUGUAUAAUGCUGACCAGUUAAAACUGUCCUGCUUGCAGUUCAUAGGACUCAAUAUGGCAGCUCUGCUUGAAGCAAGGACUCUGGAUGUCUUAAGUGAUGAAGUUGUAAAGGAUCUUUCUGUUUAUUACAGGAAAAUGAUUCCAGCUAUGGUCAGGAGAGUAAUUACUCCAUAUCCAGAUGGACCCGACAUAAGUUCUUUAGAGCCCGAAGACGGAGGGAACUUUGUCUUUUUACGGGAAGAAAUGAAUACAGAACAAAAUUCUCAGGAAGCCCUUUUCAAAAAAGCAAAAACUAAGGCAAAAAAGAAGCCACGAAAGCGGUCUGACAGCUCCGGAGGAUAUAAUCUAUCAGAUAUUAUUCAGAGUCCAGCCUCUACAGGCUCAGUAAAACUGGAUAAAACUAACUCUGUAGAAUCACUUCCAGAGCUCUUAACAUCUGACUCUGAAGGUAGUUACGCAGGAGUGAGUAGCCCCAGAGACUUGCAGUCCCCUGACUUCACAAAAGGAUUUCACCCAGAGAGGACUGAGAUUAAGGACAAAGCAUGCAGUCAGGGUAUGAAACCCUCUCAGCCUAACAAAGAGAUGAAGCCAUACAAGGGAUCAUCAGCAUUGACACAGUCAGUUCCACAGUCCAUUCCCCGUGUCAAAAACAACUGUGCAAGCUCUCUCAACUGGGUAGCAACCAGUUUCAGCCCCGCCAGCCCUCCUGCUAUGGAUCUAAGAACCAUCAUGGAAAUUGAAGAAAGUAUGCAGAAAUGUGGAACCAUGCCAAAGGCAAAUUCAGGCAGAAUGGCAUCUCAUGGAAUCAAGCUCUCUCAGAAGCAAAGGAAAAUGAUUGCCCUGGCAGCAAAAGAUAAUGGAUCAGUAACUGGCAGCACAGAGCCUACCACAUUAAUAACCACACCACCCCCACCUACGAAAGUUGCAAAACUAGGAAAUGCAUGGUCAUCUUCAUUACAUUCUGCUUUGCCAAAGUCAUUCCGUGAUCUUGUAAUGGAAGAAGAAAAAUGUAUGAGUGCAAAUAAUUCACCUGGUACUGGUAUCAAAAGAGCUGGAUAUAAAGGAACUGAGGAUUCAUCAGCCCAAAACACCAUGAGGUGCAUCACUAGAAGCAGCCCAGGUCUGGAAGACCAUGUUCUGGAUUCUCCACAGCUGGAAAGCCAUAAUCCUUGGUUAGCAGCAUCACCAACCAGCUCUCCUGUGAUGGCACCUGUCAUGUUUUCAGCUAUUGUAGAGGAAGAGCUCCAGCAAGAAGCUGCUCUUAUUAGGAGCAGAGAAAAACCUUUGGCUUUGAUCCAGAUCGAGGAGUGUGCUAUUCAAGAUUUACUAAUCCACUAUGAAGCAUUUGACAACCCUGAUGAAUUUGUGACUGUUGAAAGGGCUCCGCAGGGACCUAUAGCAGCACCUAUGUGGAACAAGCACUAAUUUGUACUCUUCACAGUCCACAUUGUAUCUGCACUUCUGAAGUUCUAAUCCUUGCUACAAGUAAAUAAAACGAUGCUGGAAGAAGAGGAGCCGUGUAAUUUUUAACAUCAGCAUUAAAACACUGCACAUAGUCACUAGGUAUUUGUUAGAGAGAAUGGAGAUAAUGUGUU